GCUUCCGGGCGGCGGCGGAAGGACGCUGCUGCUGCGGGAGGGUCGGGGCGAGUAGCGCAGCGCAGCGCAGAGCCGGCAGCAGCUCAGCCGGGGGAUCCGGCCGCGGAACAUGGGGCGAUAGGCGGGGGCGCCGGAAGCUUUUGGAAAAUGGCCGCUCCAUUCACUGGGCCCACAGCAGUUGCUGAUGUAAUUAAAGAUCUAGACACUCAGAUAGCUCUGAUUGGUCUGGGUCCUCACAACCCCAAAAAGAAGCAGGAUCUUGACAAGCUGUAUGAUUUAAAGACUAAAGCCCAGCAGAUUAUGAACCAGUUUGGCCCAUCUACCUUGAUCAACCUAUCCAGUUUCUCCUCGAUAAAGCCGGAACCAGCCAACACGCCACCACAGAGCUCCAUGGCAAACAGUACCACCGUGGCAAAGAUGCCAGGGACUCCUAGUGGAGGGGGACGCCUAAGUCCUGAAAGCAACCAGGUUUUAACCAAGAAGAAGUUGCAGGACCUGGUGCGAGAGGUGGAUCCCAAUGAGCAGCUGGAUGAGGAUGUGGAGGAGAUGCUGUUGCAGAUUGCUGAUGAUUUCAUUGAGAGCGUGGUGACAGCUGCUUGCCAGCUCGCCCGGCAUCGCAAAUCAAACACUCUGGAAGUGAAGGACGUCCAGCUGCAUCUCGAACGCCAGUGGAACAUGUGGAUCCCAGGUUUUGGUUCUGAAGAAAUCCGGCCAUACAAAAAAGCCUGCACUACAGAAGCUCACAAACAGAGGAUGGCACUGAUCCGCAAAACAACCAAGAAAUAACCCCAAGGAAUAGCAGGGAGACAACUUUGCGUUUUGGGAUAUCUGCCUCUAAGCUGAAGCCUCCAUGACACCAUCCAUGGGAUAUUUUUUUUAAUGCUUUACAGAGAAGCAUAUAUUUUUUAUUAACAGUGCAGCAAUAUCUAUGACUUUGAGGAGAUCGGCCAAAAACCAUUAUAUGCCCCCUUCCCCAGCACCCCAUCAGAGCGCAUUGUAUCUUGAAACAAAGACUUUAUUUGUGACCAUUAAAGUGGUUUAUUGUAUAAGU